AUGAAGUGGGAAUUAAUGAAGAAGAUAUACCCCAACGGGAAUGGGUUCAGCUGGAGUCCUUCCCCUCCUUCUUCUUCCAGUUGCAGCGAUGAUGAUCCAAUGGUAGUCCUGACAGUAUGGAAGAAAUCGUUGGUUCUCAACUGCGAGGGGUUCACCGUGUUUGAUGCCAAUGGGAACCUUAUCUAUCGGGUCGACAAUUACAUCAUCGACAGCCCUCACAGAGUUAGGGUAUCCAAUUCCAAUGAGAUCUUCCUUAUGGAUGCCUUGGGAAACUCGAUUCUCACCAUCCGCCGCCAACGCAAGAUGAAAUUCCCGGUGGGAGAGUUGGUAGGUGAGGUCACGGGGGACCAACGGUUGGCUAGGACCUGUUACCAAAUGGUGUUGAAGGCUGGUAAUAAGAGAAAAGGCAAAGACGAGAGCACAGUAAUGGAGGAGGGCUCGAUCAUGGGCAAAGAUGCCAGAACGGAGAUUAUCUCACUGGAUGAGGCAAUAGGGUGGAUGUGUUGA